UGUAUCGCACCUCUGUGCCCGCCGUCAUCAUGGCGCACAACGAGUACAGCUGGUAUAACAACAACAAUCGCCGAGCCAGCUCCUCGCAGAAUGCUCCUCGCGAUGCACAAAGUCUUUUGUCAUCGUACCCAAUGUCGGCAACGCCGGCGACUCAUGUUGUCCGCCAUCUGGACCAUAUGUCGAUAACGUCUGCUCACCCUACCUUCGUCAACGCAAAUUAUUAUUCUUCUCAUCCGCCCAGCGCCAGUUCUCAACAGCCUCCACCGCCAUACACAGAGCACGCUUCGGAACUGACCUAUAUGAAUGGCGCGCAAUCGUCCAAUGACCACGGAUAUUGGUUGCAGACUGCCAAUAGCGCUAUGAGGAUGGUACAAGAGCAGGCUGGACCAUCGUACCAUUAUCCUCAAGUUUCCAAUAACCCUUGGCCGCCUUCCUCUUAUCCGACGUCUGCAAUUGCACAGACAAUGUUUCAGCAUACCCAAGCAGCAGCAGCAUACCCGACACCACCACCACCACCACCGUCAUCGUCUUCAUUAGCAGGAGCUUUAGGACCUCUUGUAGCAACUCACCCACCUCGUCGCCAUCAUGCUCAGCAACCAGAACAAUCCGCGCAAUUUUUUGAUGAUUUUUUGACACGGAAGACGCGUGAAAUGUCGGUUAUCGAAAAGCCAAACACCACACCUUCUCGUGCGAAUGCUGUACCUUCCGAAAGUCCCGACCGGUUAACACUGAAAUCAAAGUCGAAUUACUCCUCUUUUACCACUCCACGAAAGCGGAAACCCGUUGUCGAGCUCUCAUCUCCCUCCUUCAAGAAACGGAAUUUCGCAACCGACGCCGAUCGCUCAAGCUCCAAAACUCGGCCAACAGCUGCUUCGAUUUUUGGUCUUGAAACGCCGUCCUCCACCACCUCGUCGGUACCUUACACCCCCUCAACUUCGGCUUCCACUUCCUCCACAGGCAAGUCAACGUCCAUCAGAAAGACUCUGACUUUGGAUCAUGUCAAUAUUCCCCCCAAACCAUGGCUUACACCUCUUUCCUUUCGUAAGAAGUCCAUUUCCUCACCAUCUGUAUUAACAGAUGGAAACAAUACCCGUACUGCGGUCGACGACUCACCUGACGACCUCGGAGGCUACGGUACAGAGGAGGACAGUCCAACAAAAGGCAGAUCACUACUUGACUCUGUACAUUCGCCAGCGCGUCGGCCCGUUGAUGUCCCCCUCCAAAAAUUGUGCUCAUUAAUGGAUGGUAUCUUCGCUGCGGAAGAUUCCCUACCGGCUGAGGCUGAACCUGCGGAUCUGCCUUCAUCUUACUUUUCCUCCCACUCUACGGAUUGCUCUAGACCGGCAUUGAAUUCGCAGACCAUUCGCAAGCUCACUCAAUAUAUCGGAAAUGUUGCUCGACCUCUGAAGCGCAGUCGCCAUGGUGCAGGAUCGCUGGCUACCCCUCGAGGCAGAGCUGGAAGAAUGGCCGACGUAGACGCACAAAUUUUGUCGCGUAUGCUCAAGACCUUGACUAGGAGUGUGAAAGUAGGGGAGGAUUCGGAUCCGUUUGCGACUCAUCAGCACCAACAACACGCCCCAUCGUCGACGCCAAAGACGCCGACGAAAAAAGCCGCUGGCAAAAAGAAGAAGGGUGAAGAAGGCGAACAAGAAUCUGAUGAUCACCGAGGCCCCAGGGAGUCGGACUUGGACAAUCUCACGAGGGAUCUGGAGAUAGCUCGAGACAGUGUGCUAGCCGCUGAAUGCUGUGUUACUUUACUGGGCAGUGACAGACUAACGAAACAGCUAUAUUCAGAGGAGAUCAUUACCUCGUGUCUCAACUCUGUCAAGAACCAACUCACGAAGAUCAUAUACCCAUUCGUAGAGUGUUGUUCUGAGACCAACGUGACCUCCGUAUCGAGCACCUCUCUGCUCUAUCACGUUGUGAAGCACAACUCUUCGCAGUUGCAGAACCAUCGCAAACUCCUGGGUGAAAUGUUUCAAGGCCUAUCUGCAAUUCUCCCGAAAAUCAAUAUCCUGGUUAGUGCAGAGAGUGUAGCGAUGUCCGAUUCUAUCGUUAUUCAAGCGGUGUACAUUGCUAUCGGGCCUUUCUUUGUGGAAGGGGAUGGCACGCAUGGAGAAGGCAGAGGUAAAAAGGAGAAGGAGAGCAUAGUAGUGAAGACUUUCGGGAAAAGUGCAUUAAGGGGGCUAAGACUACAUGCGCUUUCGUUGAUCCGUGAGAUAUUCGCCAAUCGUGAAGAUCAGCGGUCCUGGAUUAUUGAAGAGAUCUUAUCUUCCCUCAUCAAGUUGUCCGACUCUAAUCAGAAAGCUGGACAAUUUAGACUCCGCGAUGGUCGUUCCAUUCGAACGGUCUCUGCCCUUCUGCUUCAACUCGUGCAAACAUCGACGCAUGAUGUACGCAUACAAGCGAAGAAAAUUGCGAAAGCAAGGGAGCAGACAUUCGCUUUGAAGACACAGACCAGUUUUACAGAAAAUAAGGAAGAGCCGUUCUUAGAUGAGCAUGAUCAUGACGAAAUACGGCUUUACAACUCAGGGCUCGACUCUGCCAUAAAGGCGGCAAAGACUAUCAUCUUAUUUUUGACCCAGAGAUCUGGCAAGAACAAAGCUACUAAGAACUCGAAUGAGGCGGAAUAUAGAGCCAUUUUCGAUAACCUCAUCUCUGAUCUAUUGGUUGUAUUGUUCUGGCCUGAGUGGCCCGCUGCUAGUCUUCUGCUAUCCAUAGCAUGCAAGUUCAUGCUUUCUUCGUUGGAUGAUGUGAAGACGAAUCACUCGGACAAUAACGCCGCAAAGACCAUCGCAUUAGACCACCUUGGAGUCAUCGCCGCCAGGAUCCGGUCAAGCUUUCUUAAACUCCAAGAAACUACGGAUGAAACGCGGGCCAAGUCGAGAAUUUUGAAACCGUUUGAUGAAAUCGUGAAAAAGACCGACGUGAAAGAACUUCAGCGGCUGAUUUCUGCACACCAAGACGUGGCUACUCAUCUCGCAAAACGGUCAUCCGAAGACCAAGCCUCUGAUAGCGCGCAAGAGCUCAGUGCCGCCACGCUUGGUCACGAGUUGGCAGGAGUCUUGAAAGCUGCCAAUGGUCGGUUAAGCGCCGAUAUUGACGAUGAUGAUCUUAACAUCAAGGAUAUGUCCAAGCUUCGGUUGUUUGGAGAGAAGGUGAAGGAGGCAUUGAGGGACGUUUGGAAAGACCGUGCAACAGAUGUCUUUGAUAUAGGCUCUCAAGAGGAAGCUGACCGUAUUGAACGCACGGCUGAAGAAAUUGGAUCAAUAAGUAUGACGCGGACCUUCUUCCAGCCGAUUCUUAACGUCAUUUUGAUGGCACUCGAUGCAUCACCUAUAUUCAUGCGUACCAAGGCUUUGAGAGCUCUGGGUCAGAUUGUGACAAGUGAUGCCACCAUCCUCUCCAUGCCUGGCGUUCGGCGCGCUAUCGAAGUCCGCCUGCUUGAUGGCUCUCCCGCUGUACGCGAUGCUGCUGUUGAAUUAAUCGGAAAGUACAUGAUUGAGGCUCCCGAAGUUGCCAGUGAUUAUUAUCAGAAGAUAGCUGACCGAAUGGCGGAUACCGGCCUUGGCGUUAGGAAGCGUGUUAUCAAACUGCUCAAGGCAUUUUACCUUGUUACGGAUGAUGUCUCUCGCCAGACUGAUAUCGCCACUCGCUUUGUUCUUCGCAUGAUGGACGAGGAUGACACCGUUAAGGAAUUGGCUGUGAAGACCAUCGAGGAGCUCUGGUUCCCAAAUACAACGCCAUCAGUCUUAGCUUCACCCUCAAAGCGAUCGACUGUGAUGUCACAAGGAGUAUCAGAGAGUACAUCCUUGGUGUCGAAAGUCGCAAUAAUUAUGGGAGUGUCUGCCAACUUUCGAGAAAGGCAAUCUCCUUUGGAAGACCUGCUACAUAAGAUAAUGGCGGAAAAGGAGGGUAACGAUGCUGCUUUACUUCAUACUCGCUAUGCUGAGAUAUGCGGGGUCUUGAUUGAUGGUCUUGUGGAUGCGUCGGAUCUGCCUGGUUUCACUACCACGAAUUGUAUACGAACAAUCAACCUGGUGGCCUCAGCCUACCCCGCGGUCAUCACGAGUGCUAAUGCCUCUACAUUUCUGCCCUAUCUCAAGUCACCUUCGAACCCGGAGGAACAGGCAACUGCGGAUUACCUUCUCAAAAUUUUCCGGGCAUCCAUCCCCCACAUGCCGAAAACGGCUGCCAAGUUUGGGCAGGAACUUCAGGCGAUACUUCAACCCAUGAUUCUGAAACCAUCCCCGAUAGGCGGUCUCGCGUCGCUACAGGAAACCGUUGCUUGUAUAUGUAUCGUGGUUCGACAUCUAACCCACGAUUUCGGUCGGCUGAUAGCGCUAUUGAAAUCUUGUAAUGCUCGUAUGCAAGAGGCAAUUAAACGCCCGUCGGACGAACCGUUAGCUCCCAACAACGCCAGGGGUCUGAUCACCCUGAUAUAUCUUAUAUCGUUGUUGGCGGAACAUUGCAACUUCGAUCAGCUCCGUGUUGAACAACCAGAGCAAGCCAAGAAUCUCAACUCCGUUUCGGAGGGAUCAAUAAUUGAACAUAUAUAUAGCAGCCUUCUUACUUUACUUGAGAAACAUGACGACUCUACUCUUCGCCCAAGAAUAUUGCAAUGCUUAGGCUUCCUCUUCCGAGCGCAACCGACUUUGAUGACGCUGGAGAACUCGGCCACAAUCAUGGACUCAAUAUUCGCUUCUCCUGAAGAGGAAGGUAAAGCUCGCCUCUUGAAGAUUAUCCAGGAAUUCCUUGUUUCAGAGUCAGCCAAACACUCCGCUAAAGAAAAGGAGGGAUUGAAGCGGAAUUCCAAGCCGGUCGAUGUCAAUAUGGACGAACUAGUCGGUAAUACCGAUGGAUUUGCGGACUCCGGAGUUGCCUCGGCAGUGGUUCAACGAUAUAUGAACCAUAUACUCGAUGCAGCCCUUUCCCAAAAUUUGCAAGUUCAGGGCUCUGCCAUUGACAUCCUGACAUUUACCGUGAAGCAAGGCUUGGCACAUCCUCUUCAGUCUUUCCCGGUGAUCAUCGCGCUCGAAACAAGUUCGAACGCGUUCUUAAGCAACCGAGCCAGCGCCCUCCAUGCAAUCUUGCAUGGUAAACACGCUUCGUUACUCAAUACGAGGUACAGAGAGAGUGCGAAGCAGUCCUUCGAUUAUCAGCGCAAAGUAUCCCCAGAUUCAGUGCAAGGAUAUCGUUUGCAACCGACGCCGAUAGCGGUUCUACAACGCUGGUAUUCCCUUGUCAGAGAAAAGAGGCAAGCGAGACAGGACUUCUUGAAAUCGCUUGUCAAGGUCUUCCAGGAAAGCCAUUCUUACCAAUCAUCGCAGGAGGACGUUGACUUCACUCGUUACAUGGCAGAAAACUUUUCUGCCUUCGAUUAUAAAACCCAGGAAGAGGUUUUGACAGUGAUCAAAUUUCUGACUACUGUGCUUUCAACAACCGGGACACAUGUUUUGGAGUUGUUGUCGCCCUCGCACCUCCUGACAACUCUACGCACCCCAGCCCCUUUGGGAAAGCCUGAUUCAAAGACUUCGCAAACUGAAGUCCAACAGUUACCUACAUUAUACACCACCGAGGGUGAACCCACACCCAUGGAAGGCGUUGAGGCAACAAAUGCUGGUCCAGCGACAGCUGCGCCUGAACCUCAGUCUGAACUUGGUCACAUACGAACGUCAGUUAUCAUCUCAAUCGUGAUGUUGCUCAAAACGCACCUCAAAAGCCUGUAUGGUUUAUCGGAAGAGAAAUGCUCGAAGUUCGUACCUGGCAAAAAGAGCGCAAUUGGGGAUAAGCCGACCACGAAACGGCAUGACCAACCUGUGUCUUGGGAACGACUACCGUUUGCAAUCAAACCCAUCCUCACUUCUGAAGAUUCAGCGGCCCAAAAAGCGCGGUUCUUGGAGAUUUGGACACAAGAUGGUUUCACUGUUGAGCCAGAAGAUGAUCCGAUAUCAUGACAAAAAAUUUGCUCCUGU